CAUGUAUGCUAUUGAUAGUUACCAUAUAAUUGGCAAUUCACGGCAUUUUGCGGAUUUAACUCGGAGUGCACCGACGCCCAUGCCCUUAACCUAUUGAGCGCUUUUACUUUUGCGUGAAGCAACUUUCAGCAUGGACGCAUUAAGGCUUUCUAACCGGCUUGCAGCCAAUUCAAGACCACUACAAAGUUGCAUACCAUGCAGAGGCCCUUUAACGCCAGUUACGACAUCCGUCGCGCCCAGGCACUGCGCCACCGCUGCGGGACGUCGCGACGGACCCUCGCGCACUCUGGAUCCUGCGCCCGAUGCCUCUAAGCGGUCGGACCGUGACCGCGCCCCUCCUCCAAAGCGCCAGUCGAACCUGUCCGAUCGGCGUCGCAGCCGUGACGACAUUGACGACGACGGCCCGGACUACAGAAAAGACCGCAGCAACUCUAGGGACCGCAGCCGCAGCAGCAGCCGCAGCAACGGAAGCAGCUACAGCAGCAGCAGGAGGGAUGGCGACAGAGCCCCGGCCGGUGAGGGGGACCGAAGGAGGGCUCCCGCCUCAAGAAACGUUGACGACGGCAACAGCGGCCGCAGCCGCUCGGAGCCCGCUGGGAGGCCCCAGCAGCAGCGCCACAGCCGCCGCGGGGACAAUCCUGAAGACAGGAGCAACACCAGCAGCAGCAACACCAUCAGAUCUAGCAGCCGCCGUGACGGCGACUCAACCAGCAGACCCCGUGUGGGACGGAGAGAGGAGAAGCCAGCUGUCGACGGCAGCAACAGCAAUAGGACGCGCCUCCGUAGCCCCAGCAGCACCCAAAGCAUCGAGGCUCCCUCCACCGCACCACCACCCCCGCCACCCGCACCCCCGGCCCCCCGGCCCCCCGGCUCCUCCACCGGUAACCGCCCCCUGCCGUACGAUCUGCCGCUGGUUCGUCCCGGCGAGGGCGACAAGGGCACCUUCUUCUCGGGUCGCGGCUGGCGGCAAGUGGGUGCCAGUGAGGAGGUGGUGGCGGCGCUGCGGGAGCUGGGCAUCAAGCGGCCCUCGCACAUCCAGGCCGAGGCCAUGUCCCGCCUGCUGCCGCAGCCCGGGAAGGCAGGAGGCGGCCCCGGCCCCAGUGCCGGUAGUGGUGGUGCGGUGGUGUUGGCGGACCAGGCGGGCAGCGGCAAGACGCUGGCCUACCUGCUGCCGCUCAUGCAGAUUCUGCGUGCUGAGGAGGCUGAGGCCGGCGGGCGUGUGACGCGACCCAACUGCCCGCGGGGCAUAGUGGUGGCACCCACAGUGGAGCUGGUGCAGCAGGUGCUGCGGGUGGUGCGGGCGCUCAGCGGCGCGGGGCUGCGCUGCCGCAGUGCCGCCGCAACGGGGGGGCAGGUGGAGCAGCGGGCGAGGGCAGCCAGCAUUCGGACUCAGAGGGAGCUGCUGUCCGAGGGAGUGGACCUGCUGGUGUGCACCCCGGGUCGGCUGCAGCAGCUGGUGGCCAGUGGGGCGGUGCGGCUGGAGGGCUGCAGGGCGCUGGUGAUGGACGAGGUGGAUGUGCUCAUGGGCGACCAUGCCGACUUCCUGGGCCAGGUGUCCCCCCUGCUGUCCGCCGCGCCCCCCAGCAUGCGGCUGGUGCUGGUGACCGCCACCCUGCCUCAGCACGUGUGGGGGCAGCUGCGGGAGGCGUGGGGGCAGCUGAGGGCCGUGCAGCAGCAGGGGCAGGGAGGGCAGCAAGAGGGGGGUGAAGGAGCGGGAGCAGCAGCGGGGGCAGGAGCAGCGGGGGCAGCAGCAGCGGGGGAGCUUCAGGCAAUCUUCGGGCCUGGGCUGCACCGCACCGCCGCGGGUUUGGUGGAGGAGUUGGUGGACUGCAGCGGGGGCGAUGAGGUCAGCGAGGAGAGCGGCAGGAAGAGGAAGCUGGAGGCCCUGCAGGCGCUGCUGUCCCGCCACGCCGCCCCCCGCACCCUGGUGUUCUGCAACAAGAUCCCCACCUGCCGCGAGGUGGAGAACUUCCUGGCGCGGGCGGACCCCAAGCAGCGCAAGUACAGGAUCCUGCCCUACCACGAGGCCAUCCGUGAGGACCUGCGCUCGCAGCACAUGACGCAGUUCCUGCAGCCGGUCAGCGAGGCGGGCCGGCGGGCGCAGCGCGCACGGCAGCAGCAGUUCCUGCUUGCAAAGCAGCAGCAGCAGCAGAAAGAGGAGGAGGAAGGGGAGGGGCAGAAGGAGGAGGGUGAUGAUGUGUGGGGCGGCGGCGUGCAGAGGGAGGAGGAGGAGGAGGAGCUGGAUGAGGAGCUGGAGCAGCAGCUUCGGCGCCGGCAGCGGCAGGAGAAGCGGGAGAAGCUCGCCAGCAGGAGCAGCAACAGCAGUGGGAAGGAGGGGCAUUUUGUGGCAGCGCCGGAUGUGGAGGAGGCCAGUACUGCUGGUACUGCUGGUGAGGAGAAGGAGGGGGAACACGUUGCCGAGGAGGACGUCCCGCUUGUGAUGGUGGCCACGGACCGCACCUCCCGGGGCAUCGAUGCGCCCUACUGCGAGCACGUGGUGCUGUUCGACUUCCCGCGUGACCCCUCGGAGUAUGUACGGCGUGUGGGUCGUACGGCGAGGGGUGCGGGCGGGCGGGGGGUGGUGAGCAGCCUGGUGCUGGGGCGGCAGGUGCCGCUGGCGCGGGAGAUCAUUGAGAGGAACCAGAAGGGCAUGCCGGUGCAUAGCGUGCCAGCGUGAGAGGGGGAGAUGGUAAGGGAUGAGGAUGGAUGGGUGGUGAGGGCGGUGUAGUGGUUGCGGUAUGAGCUUUGCCUGUUUGACCAGAGCCUUCCCUGACUGCGAGUGCGGGCGCCGUAGGGGUGAUUGAUUGGAAAGGAGAAAGCUGGUCGGAGAGGGGGAUCAAUUCGAUGAAAGCACUUGGUGUUGGCGGAGGUACGGCGGGAAGCGGCGGGGUGGUGAGGGUAGCUUGGGACGAGCAGUGGCUGUCCGUACGACAACAAACCCAACGCAGUGCGGGAGAUGACCUGGCAGCUGGCUCUUCUGACUUGCAAAAGGUGAUUGCGGAAGGUACGGCGGAACACAAAGGGCAGCGGAGUGAGAGGAGAUGUGUCGGCUGGCCUGUAGCUGUAUGCGGGCAGUGGGGAGGAUUGCGGUAGAUCCACUGAGGUGCGUAGCGGGAGGGGGCAGCUGUUUGGGGACUGACCUCGAGCUUUGUUGAACUGUAACGAGUCAUCCUUACAA